UACGGGUCAUGUUAAUAUUAUAAUCAGUUGGGAUAUUCCGAAUUAGGCCUUAUUCUGGAUGGCAAUUUUUUUUAUUAUGAGAUGUCAGAUAUGCCUUUCAGGUUUUGGCAAUUUAUUGUCAGUUUACAACCACUUUCCUGUUAACGCCUAGCUUUUGGUGUUGCUAUGGUUGUUGUGAGUUUAGUUUUGACUAAAUUAGUUGUAAAUGAGUCAACACAGAGUGUUCAUCAUAGUUUGUGUGAUUCUACUGCUAUCUAAGAGUUGCUGCUUUGUACCAGUUGUGCCACACACUGGUCUUGGAUUUGUCAGCUGAACAUUAUCUGUACUCAUCUUUCUUAAUGAAGAACUUUGCAAGAAAGGUGGUGUGGCAGUUGUAAAAGCCCUGAAAUGUUCACGAACGUACAGUGUCAAUAUUAAUCUUUGUUAAACACAUAGGGUCCUUCCCAUGAUUCUUGGAUCUUUUUUUUUUUUAAGUUUUUGCGGUUUUAGACAUAUACUUCUACAGUUGAAUGAUGAUAUUGCAAAACGAUUAUUACGAUUAUUACAACAUUGCUGAUUGUUUUUAAAUUUCACAUACAUUUUUUUCAUAUCCUGUGGUGAUUCAAUCUGUUAAACUCCAACCUGUUACACUGCCUAACCUCUAGCCUUAUCCAAAAAUUGUGAUUUAAAGUUUUUCUGGAAGUUCAAUCUUAUUUAGUUAUUGACUACCAGUUUUCAGCACAGUGUUUUCUGUCUUUCAGCAUGGUCUAAUGUGAGGUUCUGAAAUGGUAAUUGCAGUUGUGAAACAUUAGAUUGGCAAUGUGCUUCCUGUUUUUGUCUGCUCAUGCAUGUCUUCAAUGUUUCCACUGUAGUUUAGCAUGGAAAAGGGGGAAAAAAGAGUUCUGUAUCUGUUCUGGAUGUUUCCUGUGAACAGCAAUGACCUUGUUUUUUCUUUGUCUAUGCUUUGUUGCCUUUGCCUCCUCUGUUCUUUCUUGCUAGUGAAGACCUGCAACUGAAGUAGAUUACAUUUUUUUGUCUGACAGCACCAGAGUGGACGACUCAAGUCAAGACCUUCCAGAUGAUGGAUGUUACCCAUCCAAAAAGCUGACUUCGAGUCCCACUCAAUAACCCCUUCCUUUGUUUUUGUUUUUUUAACUUUUCAGCUUCGCACUGCUAUCGGAGCAUUGUGCCCCAUCUCCUGCUCCAGGGCCCCUAACGAGCCCCCUCUUUGGAGGGCUCACAGGGAGUCCUCUCCUGAUUGGCCAGCAGGCUGUCUCCUUGCGGUUGACUCAGUUGAAAGCCCAGAUAGCACUGACACAGAUAAACAAUGCUUUCGCUGUUGGCAGCCGAGCCGCAACCUUGACAGCCAACUCCAACACACCUGCGCCCUACAUACCCACAAAACCUCCCUCCCCAACUGCUGCGGCUAUUAAUCUUCUUAACCUUUUGAAGAUUGCAAACACCAUGUCCCACCCCCUCUAUAACCCUUACACCUCUGGGAACCAAAGUUCUACCCAGGGGCAGUAUGGACUUUCAAAUAUCCAGGCAGAGAGGGACCGUCAGAUGCAAUCUUCUCACCAUGGACCUGGAGCCAGCUUCAGCUCUUCUGGAAAUUCUUCUGCGACUCCUGCCAACUCCGGGGGAAUGUUCCCAUCACUGCUUCCUCAGUCGAUGAACUACAGGCCUGAACAAAGUAGGGCCACAGUAGAGGAGAACAUCGAGAGGUCUACAGAAAUGAAUAUUAACAGAGCCAGAGAGGAGGCGAGGCUACUUGGAAAACCGAUGCAUCAGCCUGUAGGCCAGGGCUCUCACUUUACCAGCACUCAGAGGGAUGAGUUCCUCUCCUCAGGCACCAGGAUGCCCCCCUACCCAAUGUCCUCAACCUCUGACUCUCUUGGAUAUAGACACUCAAGCAUUGCAAGUAGCAGUGCUUCCUUGGACUGGCCGUCAAACUACAAAAGACCCACUGCUGAUGAGCCCUCUAAAUUUUAUUCAUCACCUGCUUCUUCUAACUAUGCAAGUGGUGGUGACAGUCGGUAUGAUGCUUCCAGAGAAAGAGUACGUGAUAUGCAGUCCAUUCCAGGGUUGGGUGAUUUUGACAGACCAGCGGCCCCUACAAAGCCCAGUCAACCCCUGUACACCUCAGAAUUAGCUUCUGACAUCCUUCAGCAUUUUGGACUUGAAAAAGAGGACUUGGAACAUCUUAUUUCCUACCCUGAAGAUCAGAUCACCCCUGCUAACCUGCCAUUCAUCUUGCGGCAAAUCCGUACUGACAAGACGAAGAGAGAGACUACCGCAGUUCAUUCAAAAUCCGGUCCAGAACCACAAACAACCAGAAAUGUGAGUGGAAUGGACAGUUGCAGCUUAAGCAGUUCUGGAGGGACAGCGAUGCACCAGGAGGAGUUGGCUACAUCUGUUCUCCGUCCAAGUAAAGUGAUUGACUAUGGACAUACUGGCAAAUAUACCGGAGGGGUUGGGGAGGAGAUUGGAAGAACAGGAAGCAGUAGAGUUAGUGGGAGUGGAAGUAUGUUGCAGAUGGACACUUAUGAUAGCAGCAGACACAAUCGAGAACCACUACAACAAAGUAAAACGGAGAUGAAAAGCAGUGCCUUGGGUUCUUCAUGUGAACAGGCAACGUCUGUUUCCAGUGUCAGCUCUUCGUACAGUUCAAUACUGAGCUCGGUGGCUCCCUCCAGCAGUGAUCAGACCAAUCGACUGCAGACACGACCAACCUGGACUGCCCCAGCAACUGUCAGCUCUUUCUCUCUGCCAAAGAAAGACACAGACAUGAGAGUUCUCAAGACUGAAGCCCCCAAACACAUUCCUUUAAAAAAAACGGCAGCAGAUUUUCAGUCGUCUCCGAAAACGCAACCACCCUCCAAUCUGUACCGUGGUGCGCAUCCCAGCCGUCCUGGCCUUGUGGUCAUUGGUAGUAAUGACACUAGUGGAGCAAAAGAUCAGAAUAAAACUCAAGAACAAGGGUCAACAGGUGCUGUGCAGGUGAAAAAGCAGCACACACAAGAGCAGACAAAGCAACAGAAGCAGCCGAUGCAACAGCUACAGAAGCAGCCGAUGCAACAGCAACAAAAGCAGCCAAUGCAACAGCAACAACGGCAGCCGAUGCAACAGCAACAAAAGCAGCAGACAAAGAAGCCACCAGUGACGCCAACAGGGAAAGCAAUGUGGCCUCCAGUUUUUUCUGCUGAAAAACCAGAUCCCCCUGCUUCUCACAUCCCCACCAUCAUGUGUCGUGUCAUGCAACAUUCGGUGUUUAUCCCUGGUGGUCCCAGCCCCAUGCUAAAUCCUCCAGCUCAGCCUCAGCCAAUCCCAAACCUUAUGCAUCUGACGCCACCGCCUUCAGACAGGCACCCUCUGGCAAAGACGGCGGCCUCCAAGGGUUUGCCAACAGCGACCAUGAUGCAGGACUAUGCGGCCGCCACACCGAGAAUCUUUCCGCAUACCUGUACUCUGUGUAACAGAAAAUGUGCUCAUAUGAAGGAUUGGCUCUCCCACCAGAACACCAACCUCCACCUUGAGAGCUGCAAACUCCUUCGUAAACAAUACCCAGAGUGGGAAGGCGAGAUAACACACAGGCCCAGAGCUCCAGGUAAAGAUCCCAAGUCCUCGGCCUCAACCUCCUUACUGACUUCCCAGCAUCGUCACCAGAAAUCCAGGCAUGAAAGCUCCUCCAGUUCCCGCUCGCCAAGCCCCCAUCACCGCCAUGGCUCCGGGGGUCGAAGGGACAAACGCAGUAGCCGAUCACGUUCGCCGUACGGCUCCAGAUACACUCGCAGGUCCCGGUCUCGUUCUCACUCCCCAUGGUACGACCGCCCUAGCUCCUCUCACCAUCCCUCACGUUCAUGGAGCCCAGAGAGACGAUCGCCGCCAGGGUGGAGUGAUGACAAACGGUCUUCACCCCGAAGGAGAGACGAUAGAAGAUCAUCUCCAAGGAGGAGCCGUGAGGGACGAUCGCCACCAAGGUGGAGUGAUCUGAGACAAUCACCACCUAGGAGGAGUGAUCAGAGAAGAUCCCCACCAAGGAGGAGUGAUCAGAGAAGAUCCCCACCAAGGAAAACUGAUAAGAGACGAUGCCCGCCAAAAACGGCUGCUUGGAAGAAGUCAAACACUGCCGAGAGCUUGGCUAAGAGACUACUGGAAACUCCAGCGAUCCAGUCUCUGUCAGACCAGCCGGACCUGGAGGCUGUAAUUAAAACUCUGACUCCUGUACUGGCCCAGCUAGUAAAGAUGAAAUCAUCGUCCUCGUCUUCUGCUGCUUCUUCCUCCUCCUCUGCAGCAAAGAAGAAGUCUACUAAAAAGCCACUUAAAGCAAAGCCCAGCCUGCAGGAGAACGACGUAAUUGUUAUUUCUGAGGGGGAGGAGGAAGGGCAAGAUGCAAACAUAAUGAAAGACAGAUUGAAAAGCACAAUCAUUGCCGUUGAACAGGAGACUGUUUCCACGGAGAAAAUUAAGCCUCUAAUGAAAAUACCUGUCACGCCUAGUUUCUCCACACAUGAAACUGAAACCCCACGGAAGGCUCUUCUCCCAACACCCCAAUGGCCUUACACACCUCAAUUUUCUUCGUGGCAACCAUUUGGAGUCGCAGUAUCUGCAACAAGCAAACUUACCAAUCAGAAAAGUGCUGCAGCUAAAGGCUCAGUUAAACGCCCAACAACUGCCACUAAAGCAAAAGUCUUGGUUUCGAAAGCGAAACAUGUAUCAACUAAGGAGACAAAUAAGAUGGCAAAAAGAGGAAGGUUGUAUGCAAAGGAAGCUGUGAGAAAAGAUAAGGUCAAGCAAAAGACAUCCUCGGUAUCCAAGUCCAAGGCUCCAGAAAAGCAGCCUGAUGUAAAAAAGGCCAAGCCUAAAGAAUCUGAAACCAAGGUGAAAAAAGUUGUGCCAAAAGACGCAGCCAAGGUUGUUGAAAAAACACAUGUGACAGUUGUUGAAACUAAGGCAAUCCUUGACAAACCCGCCGAUGCUGAACCAAUGGAGAUUGGGGAAAUGGGAGUUGAAGUCUCAGAACCCAUGGGACUUGGAGGUUGUGCUGAGGACCAAGAACAAAAACCGACAACGACGGAGACUGAAAACUCAGCAGAGAAAUCCAGUGAGAGUCAACCAACAAACAGUACAGUUGAGACCCAACCAACAGAAACCUCCGCCAAAGAUUUACUGCACAUCCAGCAGAGCACUUUGUCUGAACCAGAGUCCACUGCACAAGCAGCAGAGACCAAGACAGAGGCUGAAGAUGUUCUGGAGGCAAAGCUGUCGGGUGGAGAGGUGGAGACAGGAACAAUCCAAAAAGAUCCUGUGAAUGCAAUGGAGACAGAAAAGGAUGCAGCAUCAGCCAAUGAUGACUCUAAAUGCAAUGCAGUUACCAAUCUGACUGUGGAACUUGGAGGUUGUGCUGAGGACCAAGAACAAAAACCGACAACGACAGAGACUAAACCAGACAAUUCAGCAGAGAAAUCCAGUGAGAGUCAACCACCAAACAGUACAGUUGGGACCCCGCCAACAGAAACCUCCGUCAAAGAUUUAGCGCACAUCCAGCAGAGCACUUUGUCUGAACCAGAGUCCACUGCACAAGCAGCAGAGACCAAGACAGAGGCUGAUGAUGUUCUGGAGGCAAAGCUGUCGGGUGGAGAGGUGGAGACAGGAACAAUCCAAAAAGAUCCUGUGAGUUCAAUGGAGACAGAAACGGAUGCAGCAUCAGCCAAUGGUACCAAUCUGACUGUGGAACUUGGAGGUUGUGCUGAGGACCAAGAACAAAAACCGACAACGACGGAGACCGAACCAGAAAAUUCAGCAGACAAAUCCAGUGAGAGUCAACCAACAAACAGUAAAGUUGAGACCCAACCAAUAGAAACCUCCGCCAAAGAUUUACCGCACAUCCAGCAGAGCACUUUGUCUGAACCAGAGUCCACUGCACAAGCAGCAGAGACCAAGACAGAGGCUGAAGAUGUUCUGGAGGUAAAGCAGUCGGGUGGAGAGUUGGAGACAGGAACAAUCCAAAAAGAUCCUGUGAAUGCUGCCUCCAAAUGCAUUGCUGUUCCUCAUCGGACGAAAGGCGAGAUGUUGAAAAGGGACAUGCUUCUGUCCAAAAUAAAGAGCUUCAUGCCGAAGGUAGUGAAGCCGGGGGCUGUUCUAGACAUUCAGAGGUUGUUCCUUUACAACCUGCCGGAGUACAAUGGAGGCUCCUACACAGAGGAGGAGCUCGCAGAACUGCUGGGUCUAUUCGGGUUUAAACACACAGAAGACAGUAUCUAUGUGAUCCCUCACGCACGCAUGGCCAUCAUCGCGAUGCCAAAAGUGAACCAUGUGCUCCACAUGACAAAAGGUGAACUGAGCAAGGAAUUUGUUUUCAAGAGGUCCAUGGUCUCCGUCAAUGUUAUCAGCAAAGCCUUUAUGAUGUCACCGUUGGAGUUUUAUAGGAAGCUGAUGAAGAUGGUGGACCAUAAAGUGCUCGACGAUGGAUUGACUACAAUCCUCAUCAAGAACAUUUCUUGGAGCAAGACCCAGAAGCUCAGAAAAUCUUUGGACAAAAUCGGUUCAGUCAGGAACUUCCUGCCUCUCCUCAACAAGGUUUUUGUAGAAUUUGAGUCCGUUUGCGACGCUGAUCAGCUUGGAUUUUGGCACAGUCUCCUGAGGGAACCCCCUGGAUAUGAAGUUCACCGGCUGAAGAGGCCAAACACCAGUCCUACAGCACUACCACCAAGACUCAGUGGGAAUGCUCUGCCGGACAGCGAGGACGCUGUUGAGGUAACAAAUAUCCCAUCAGGGGAAUUUGGCGUUCCGCAGGGCAGCACUGCACCAUUUUGGGUCACCAUGAACGCUCACCCCUUCGUGUUCCCCACCGGAUACCCUUUAUUCGUCAUCCCAGAAUACCUGACGGUCAGAGGAAAGGACGACAUUGAGAAGGCCAGUGCUGGCGGCUCCAUGGUCCCAACAGUCAUGUUGACCGGUCUGCCAUUAUUUGGCAGCUACCACCACGAGGACGUGGCCAAGCUGGUGUGGCAGUAUUUCCCCCAACAGAACCUUCACUCCCUGUACUACAAGGUGGUGGUCCUCACCCUGCAGAGGAGGGCCUUUGUGUUUUUCUCUGAUUGGACUUCGUGCUGCAAUUUUGUCCGAGAUCACAUCAAAAGAUCAGUUUCUGUUAAAGGCUCCAAGCUCAGUGUUCACUUCGUCUUGGAUCACAUGAAUCCUGAAUCCAGUGAGGAGCUGAUGUACACGUCUCUGAUGAAGCUGAGCAAUGCUGGAGUUCUGGACCCAGAGUCUCUGCAGGACCGCUUGCUGUGUGUGGAGAUCUCCGUCACGUCUCUGGACGUCAUCAAGGCCGUCACUAAGGCGGUGGCGUCCAUCGCACCGUUUGUCAGCUUCCUGCCGCUCGCCAACAGGAUCUGCUUUGAGAUGGCUGACGCCAGCGAUGUGACCAAGGUCUUGGAGAAAUACAGGCUGGAUGCUUGGAAAACUACAGUUAAGUCUUUGAAGAGCCUAAAACAGCGUCUACAAGAUUCUAGUGAGAUCACAAUAAACCUUGAACCGAACACCAUCAGUGUCAAAGCCGAGCCUCCAGCUGUGAAAAGUCAAACCCAGCCUCCUCCUUCUGAACUAUUGGAGAGUGGAUCAGAACCUUCUCUGCUAACCAGUGGACCAGGUGAAUCCACCAUCUCUGAGCCCAUCACAACAGGACCAAGUGUUUCUGCCACUAGUGAUGAAGCAAUGAUGGAGGAUGGUGAGAUACUGGAAACUGAGACCGCCAUGGUUUCCACUGAUGCUCCUGAGGCAAAUCAAAAUGUAGAGAAAGCAGAAGGAAAACCUGUUGAACUUCCUCAGAUUAACACGGACUCUUUCCAGGCUCUUAUUGCAGCAGUUCGCAAACACAGGAUAGCCCGAGAGGGCACGUUCCAAAGUGAGGAAAAAACGGGUCAGACUGAUUUUACAGAGGACGUUAGUCUUUUAGACGGAGGUUGGCUCUUUGAUGAACCAAAUGACAUGGACAUGGGUGACUUUGUCACUGUUGACGAAGUUGGUGAUGAAACGGGAGACAGAAUUCCCAGGCGUCAUGGCUCCUCCUCAUCUAAAAGAUGCUCAAAGGCAAGAAGAGAAAAAAGAGAAAGAGAAAAAAAAAAUAAGAGGUAUAGCUCAAGUCUGUCGUCCACUGGCAAAGGAAGCUCAACAAGGUCUUUGAAAGACUCUAAGAGCUCAGCCUCCUCGUCUAGGUCGACCCACGGCUCAAGCUCUUAUAAGUCCAGCUCUGAGUCACCAAAAAAGUCCAAGUACUCAUCUGAGCCCACCAAAUCCUCUACCAAACCCUUGACCUCUACCAGUGAGAGGAAAACCUCCUCCUCUUCGUCUCUAAAGUCCACUGAAACGUCUUCUUCCCCCGGUCAAAAAACGCAACAGAGCAAGACAAACUCUCCCGCCAAAGCAUCAAAUACCGCAUCCUCCAGUCGUAGUACCCGCUCUUCCUCCGGUCAUAGUACCCGCUCCUCCUCCACUGCACAUGAAACCCAAAAGAUGGCAUCAGCAGCUACUGUUGAGGCUUCAAUGGAGAAUCAUUCAGAGCUGCUGAAAGAAGAAACAAAAGCCAAGGGGAGCGCAGUGGCAAAGUCUGACCACAAAGUGUCAGCAGAGGGCCUUACUGUAAAAACUGUUGAGCCAGAGACAAAAAUAGAAAUAUCAUCAGAGGUGCAUCCACCUCAACAGGGAAAUGAGUUAGAGUUGAGCCAAGGGCAGCCUCAAGAGAAGAAUAGCAAAGAGGAGGACGCUGACAAACAUACAGAGUUGGAAAAGGAUGAAAAAUACCAGAUUGUUGAUUCAUUAGAUCAAAUAGAUGAACAGAUAAAUGUGGACCGAGACAUCAGAUCUGAAGCCCAGCUAACCGGAACAGAAAUAGGCGAGAAUUUGCACGAGGAGAUGUUUAGGGUCUUGGACAGUGUUGAUGAUAAAAUCAUUGGUAGCCCACAGAGCGGCGGUUCUUUCCAAGUCUUAGACAGUGUUACCGAAGAGCAAGAGCCUACAGGUCCAGAAGACAGUCUUCUGGUACAAGAUAACAGUUCCACAGAAAAGCAACUGUCUGAGAAAGAUGCAGAUUCUGCAGGUACAGUGGGUAAAGAUCAAGAAGCAAAAGAUGUAGUUACACAAGCUCCAAGAGACAUGGGGGAUGGGAAGGAGAGAAUAGAGGUGGAAGUCAAAAUGCUUCCAGCAGAGUACAGCAAUAUCUCCAAAGAUGAGGAAAAUCCUGAUCGCCAAAUCCCAAAUGAAGACCAGCUUCUUCAAGACCAUGACAACAAAGAUACUUUGAAAGCUCCUGACAGUGAAGUUCCUGAACAAGAAACCUUUGAGAUAUUAGAUUCAAUUGAUGAUCAAAGUGCAAUAGAGGAUGACGGGCAAAACCUUGAAGCUCCAAGUGAUCCGAAGUCUAAAGAAGACAUUCAGCCCAUGGAGGAAGAGGAAGACACGUUUCAGGUAAUUGAUUCUGUGGAAGAUCAGCCAGCGACUGACAAGACGGGGAAAAGAAACCUAAAAGGAAAAGAUGAAAGACCACCAAGGAGGAGUGGCCCCACAACCAGAACAUCCAAAAGUGAAGAGAAGGACCAAUCGCCCAAGAAACAGGACAGGACAGCUAAAAAAUAUGAGACACAAAAAAAGAUGGACACCACUGUACGGGUUUCUAAAAAGGACAAAGACGUCACAGAGGAUAUGGAAUACGAGAUACUAGAUUCUGUUGAAGAAGAACAGGUACAAGAUGUCGCCACCACAGAAACGCCUGGUAGAAGAAGGAGUGCAAGAGGAAAGAAGGAGGAUAAAAUAACAUUAAAUGUGACAGAAACGUCUGGUAAGCCAGAGGAGGCUUCAUAUAAGAUUUUAGACUCUGUGGAGGAUGAAACUGCCAAUGAUGAACCGACCGUCACAACAAGAUCCACCAGAGGAAAAAGCGAAAGAACUGAGAAGGAUGCUUCACAUGAGAAAACAAGAAAAGAAGACACGCCAACAAGAAGAAAAAACACUCUGGUGUUUUUACCCUGUUAUGUCCCUCUGACUCUCGUGCCAAACAUGGAGGAGAAAACCCAUCCAAGAGAGGGAACACCAUCAAGGAAGAAUGUCAAUGUUGUCAGGGAGUCAAUUGAGGAGGAUGCGACAUAUGAUGUUGUUGACUCUGUGGGGGAUGAAGAUAUAAAGAAUGAUCGUCCAGCUACAAGAAGAAAAGGACAAAGAGGAAGACCAAAGAAAGACGUUAAAACAACCAGAAAAGACAGCGCAACAUUGAAAAUAGAUGCAGCCAAAAAACUGGCUCAUGAAGAAGCGGAGACAUAUCAGAUCAUUGAUUCUGUGGAGGACGAAAACUCUAAAAACAAUGACCAGCAAACUGAGAAAAGUUCAUCUCUAUCAGGACUACCCAAAAAGGAUGAGGAUGAAGAGGAAGAGCCCAUGUAUCAGAUCGUAGACUCUGUAGAAGAUGAUCAAGCUCAAGAAGAACCGACCGCCAUGUCGGACAAGACAAAAGAUGAAAGUCCUAAAAAAGAAGACAUGCCAGCAUUGGACACCGCCCCUCUGGAAGCUGCUGAAAAGCUGCUUGUCAAAGAGGACACUCGGUGUCAGGGAGUUAAAGACUUAAAGGAGGCAAAGGAUGAUCCAUCUGCGGCAGAAGGAUCUGCUAUAGGAAGAAGGGAUAGUAUACCAGAAACGAAAACUCAGAAGGAAGAUAAAUCAGCAACUCAAUCUCAGAGUGAUAAAGCCGUACUUGAAAAGGAGAACGAUCAGAAAUCGCCUUGUGACACGACAAGCGUUCUGGUGAGUCUGGACGAGGUGAGCGAGGAGGAGGAGGACUACCCUGACGACGAGGAAGAGGAGGAAGAGCAGAGGAGGAGACAGGCAGCCACAAAAGAGAAGCAGAUAGCCAAGGAACGGGAAGCGAGGAGGACCAGGGAGAGGGAGGAGACGAGGUCCAGGGAGAGGGAGGAGACAAGGACUAAGGAGAGGGAGGAGACAAGGUCCAGAGAGAGGGAGGAGACAAGGACUAAGGAGAGGGAGGAGAGGGAGCGAAGGAGCCGCAGCAGAGGAGGAGGAAGAGGAGGAGGCGGCCCUGGGGUCGGGACGAGGAGGGCAAAAGACAGGGGGAGGGAAAGGGAGGUAGACGCCAAGGAGCUGGUGACUCUGGAUGAGGUGGGAGCAGAUGAGGCUGGAGAGGAAACAGCGCUGGACAGCAGAGGAUGGGACGGCGAGAUCGCUGAGGGAGAGCUGUUGGCACUCGUCACACUGGAUGAGUUCAUAGAAGAGGAAGAGGAGGAGGAGGAGGAGGAGGCCAAGCAGAGCAGACCAGAGACCCCCCAGCCAGGGCAGGAGGACGAACUUGUGGACCUCCUAAACCCAGAGACUUUGGUGACUUUGGAUGAAGCUGGUGAUGAUGAGGAAGAGCAACCGGAGGAGGAAGAGCAAACAGGAUCUGCCAAACGUAAACAUGAUGAAGACACAGAGGAAAGUAUGAACUUUGUGACGGUAGACGAGGUGGGGGAGGAGGAGGAAAAGGAACCAGUAGAAACCAGGACAAGAGGACAAGCCAGGAAGAGAACCAGACAGACUCCUGUGAGAAGAUCUACCAGAGGGAAAAACGUGACCACAAAAGACGAGAAAGAAGAAGAAGAAAAGGAACCAGCGUGCUCUGAUGUGCUGCCUCCCGCUCCACUGGACAAAGAUCUGUCUGUUAGCCAACCGGAGAUCCAGAAGACAGAGAGGGAGGAGGAAACAGAGAACCAGGCUGACCUGGAUGCUGAACCACAGCCAGAACCAGGAGAGAACCAGGAGCUGGAGGAGUGUGUGGAGGAAGGAGAGGAGGAGAAGGAAGGAUGGAGCAGAGCCAACAGUAAAGCUGUGAGUAAGCAGAGGAGGGACCCUGUUGGACCUGAAGCCAAGAGAUCUCGUUCUGACGUCAGACUGACACCAUUCAGACCCAACAACCCCCUCGGUGAGACACACACACACACACACACACACCUCCAGAUGUUUCUAACCCUCAGUGUUUGUGUCUUCAGGUCAGGAGUUUGUCGUCCCCACAUCAGGUUAUUUCUGCAAACUCUGCUGUGUUUUCUACCUGAACGAGAGCAGCGCCAGAGAGCUGCACUGCUGCAGCCAGAGACACUACCACAACCUGCAGAAACAUUACCAGGAUCUCCAACAGAAACCGUCACAGAGUUCUUCAGACUGAUUGAUCUUCUGUUAACCACAUUUUUAUCUUUUUGUCAAUCAUGUUUAAAAAGAGAAGCUAAAACUAGACCAAUGCAAUGUUUCCAGUUUGGUUUGGCUGACAGGUCAGUGUGUAUAAUGACCCUCGCUGGACAAAACAAACUGCUGUCUGGCCUUUUAUAUGUGUAUAUAUAUAAAUGUGUGAAUUAAAUAUAUUUACCAUAAUACUGAAUAAAUACUGAAGCAUGUUUUGCCUCAUUGGGAUCCAUAAUCCCCCCCAACUCUCCAGUUCUGGUGCCUUGCUCUGCUUUUAGUUUUCUGUUGUGGAAAACGGUUACAUAUUUGAUGUUUUGGAGCUUAAAAAGAGGCUACAUCACCUCUUUUUUCUCAUCAAUAAAUAAUUACUACAGUAUUUAUUGUAUAUACAGUAUUGAUUUGCCUUUUCUGUUACUGAUUUGUUAUAAAAUGUUGCACUAAAUUUGUUUCCUGUUGCACGUAGAAGUAAAAUAAAUCAUUACCACCCUAGUUUUAUUUAGGUCAUGAAGACAAAAUCUGAUAAUAAAUCUAAAUUUAAUAACAUUUUCACAUUUUUUAAUGCAACAUGUUGGAUGUGCUGUAAGCUUAGAGAUUAUCUUUUUAACGGUUUAUAAUAGGAGCCUCAAAUUUAAUUUGCACAUGAUGUAUAAAAGUAUGAUCCACGUUUAAAAUUCUGACCCGUACAAGAGCUCCUCUAUGACUAUAAUAAGGUAACAGUUUCAUAUUGUUUCUACUUUUGAUGAGAUUUUUUCGUGUGAAUUUACUAUCAAGUUCAAUUCAAAUCAUAAAGUUCCGUUAUGUUUUUGUUGUACAAUGCCACUUUUAUAGCUCAUUAAAAUGUUUAUCUAGUAAA